AUGAAGCUCAUGGCACCCUUGAUUUUCUUGUCCCUGCGCUUUGGGAGAAUCAAUGGUCAGCAGGAUGGCAAGACCGUGAAGCUGAAUGUGCCACAAACGCCUUUGACUGUACGCUUGGCCACUGAUCACAAGUUGUGGCAUUUGCUGAGGACGAAUGCUAAGGAUGAACAAGCUUCCCGAGAGACAUGCAUGGCUAGUUGCGCAGUGCUUGCACAUGUGCAGGGGGGCCAAGAGUGUCAGGGUCAGCUGACGCCGUGGGGCGAAGAAGAGCAGGUGCUGCAUGAAUACCACGGGUAUGCAGCAGACUGUUAUUCACUGCAGUGCACUGCCAUGCUUGUUCUGGAGCCAGGGCAGCUGCAGCUUCAUUGUGGUGCUCGCAUGCGUACAUGUAGUAAGGUUGCUUUGGAAGCAGUUCCCAUGGAAACGCUUUGCAGCACAGCCAAGAUGUCUGCUCAUGACAUCUGUGCGCACCUCAAAGUUGACACAGCGGAGUUGCAAGCAUUCCUGGAUGCUCCAUUGUUUCUGCAGUUGCCGGCUUUCUUUGGCCAGUUGAUGGUCAAGGGAUGUUGGUCCAGCCUCAUGAUGAGAACAUCCUGGGUGCCACAUGCACGGCAUGCAUACCAGAGGCGAGGGCACGUAGCACUACUGCAGUCUUGCAACUUCCCAAGCGCGUCGUUCCUUGCCAAGAAACACUUAGGCGCGGCUGCACCCUGCAAGCCGAGUGUUCCUGCUCUUGAGUGGACGCAUGAAAAGGCCCAGAGCUUGCUGCAGGACUUGAUCCGAUGGUCUUGUGGCAUCCUGGCAAAUACUGUAGAGGAUGCUGCUCCUGCAGAGCGCUUUCUGUUGGAAACGCAUGUAGCAGCCUUGCGGACUUAUGUGAGCCAGGUUCAAACCCAGACUGGGAUGCAGUGCACCGGCGCCGGUGCCCAAGCCACAGGCAUCAGGGUCAGAUACAAUGCAGACCAAAUAGUGAAGUCACUGUUAGCAGCAAUGCGUCUGAGAAGGAUGGGUGAUCUCAGUGAGACCGUUUCGCUUGCGCUACAAAGUAUUCCUGGUUGGUCUGGAUUGCCCGGAGGCAUCGAAUUGAAGUUCCCCAAGAGAUCAUCCCUGUACCGGUAUCAGUUGCAGGCUGAUGCCAUGUACUGCUGUUAUUGGGCUGAGAAACUUUCUGAGUUUGAAGGUGUUGCGUAUUUGUGGCUGGACUCUUCACCUCAGUGUGGGCAGGACUGGCUACUCAGCAUAAUGCGUCUCAUCAAUAAUGCUGAUCUCGAGACUUGCGCCGAGAAGGUGCAGGUGUUGGUGUCAGCCGGGGAAAGGUUCCAAGCCACAGCUCAGGCCAGACAGGAGGAGACCGGGACCGGGAAUGAGGGUGAGGGUGCAGACGGUGCAGAGUUGCAAGACAUGGCACGUCAGCGCUACGAAGCCCGACGACAGCUCAAAUCCAUGAUCUGCUUGCGCAGGCUGAUUCCCACAGGCAUUGGGAAGGGCAGAGGGAAACUUGAGCAAAAGGUCAAGUCGCUGGUGCGAAAACUCCUGGCAGAGACGCAGUCCCUCCCAGCGCUGCAGAAAUUUCUCUGCCAGAUCAGGGGUUUUUGCACGGAUGCUGGAACCGAGCAAGGUGUUGCUGAUAUGGCAGGAUGCACAGUGUCAGACAUGCUGAAGGGUGUUCUUGCUGAAGAGUUAGAGUCGGAAGAUGCGCAGCACGGGUCUCAUCCUUCCCAUCAUGUUGUGCAUGUGUUUGAGAAUGCCCUUCUUUCGCCUGGCUCGCUUCACGUCCACAAUAACAUGAUCUUGGAACUGGAUACCAAGUUGGAGAUGUGGGAUUGGUGGUUAAGUGGCUUCAAAGCCAUUGUGAAACUUUUCCACAGCAACCAUGUCCGACAGAAGUUCAUUGCCACAUGCAUACUCGACACAGAUCAUGCAUGGCUCAGGGACCGCGCAGACCGGCAGAUUCGAGAACCAGCUUCAUGGAGAUGGGGGUCUAUUCAAGAAUCUGUUUCCAAGGUUCUGAAAAUGAAGUAUGUGCUUCGAGUGGCUUGGAAGCCCCACCGGUAUAGUGCAGGGGAGGGUCGUGUUGACAACAGCGACAACCCGGGCCAGAGGGAAAGGGAGGAUCCACUUGAUCUUGAGGCCAUUACUGCAAGCGUCCAAUCUGGCCAGUGGUGGCUUUACACCGAAGCAAUUCAGAAUCUGCAUUUCCUGGGGGACAGCAUUCGUGAAUGGUUUGAGGGCUGUCCUUGCCAUGAGCGCACCGGCAGUGGCCACGAGUGUGACAGGGAUAUUACAGAGUUGAUGCGUACCGCAUGUGCAUCCAGUGCGCUUCCCUUUGAGGAUGUCAUAUCUCGCUGCCCACUUCGAGGAAUGCGCGCGCAGGAGCUUGCCAAUGGAAAGUUCUGGCAGUUUUUCGAAGCUGCUGCCUCCAUGUACAAUUCCAAAGUUCUAGAAUCGGCGGGCUCAGAAAUGCGUGAAGGCUUGGAAGCAGACUUGCGUUCUGUUGUAGCAGAUUUUUCAAGAGGCAAGUCUUUCAUGUCCCAGUAUCUGCAACUAAAGUUGAAUUGCUGGAACGUCCUUCCCUGGUCACUGGUUGCACUGACCAGCGCAGAUCCCUGUGUUGUCCAGCGAUGUGGUCAGAAGAUCUUGGCAGACUGGGAGCGUUCUCCCAAGAAGGCAGAAUUGCACCACAGAGCUACUUGGUCCUUGUUUGGCAGCAAGAUCGCUGCAGGAGCAACGGCAACGGCCUCAGAGGAACAAGAACAGAGCGCUGAAGGUCCGCUGGCGGCAGACACACCGGCCUUGCAAGAGCUGCGAAGCUUGGUGUCCUCAGACGCAGGCGCAGGUGUUCUCAGCCGAACAAAGCAUCCCAUCCUAUGGAAGCAAGCCUGGGAGUUGUACUUCGUACCCACCGUGGAACGCAUCCAAGAGGCUGACCACGCACAGGUCAACAUUGGGGUUGGCAAGCGGAGAGUGGGAGGUUCAUAUGUGAGUUGCCUUUUGAGAGGGCCAGAGAUCAGAGAAUUGCUGCAUGAGCCACCAGCCUGGGUGAAGUUCUUGCAUCAGUACCCCAAAAUCAAAAACGUGGAUGAGAUGGCAAUGCGCUUGGGCUUUUAUCAUGUGCCAUGCUGGCAAGAGUUGUGCAAACAGAAGUUACGGCACAGCGAGAAACAGGCAGCGGCAAGCAAAGUGUUGUACAUUCUGGAUCCGGAGUCGCAGUUUGCAAGUGUCCAGACAGCGAGGGAGAAGCGACAGAAGCAUGAGGACAAGAAGAAGAAACAGCGGCAAGAAUACUUUUCAAGUUCUUGGUCCGAGGAGAAUGUCCGGAAGAACGCGGCAGCAGUUCAUAUGCACACCCGAAUGGAGGAAGGUCGGCUGUACUCAAUGCCGGCUUCUGGCCUCAGGUUUCUUCCAAGCUUGGCAGCAAGUUUGCGAGCGCCUGCAGCACCCCUGACGGAGCAAAGCCGGAUCACUGUUGCAGAUCUGGAGCCGGAGAGAGAUGCAUUGGACAACCCGCUUGCAAUUGAAGUGCAGAGAGAUGACCCGCAACGAGACAUUGCUUUCUUGCGCGUCAAUAGCAGUAAGAUCGGUAGGCACAGGGGAUUGCAGUUGCCAGCAGCCGCUGGGAAGCCUUUCCAGCCCACAGAUCUUUCGGUCACACUCCAUGCGUUCCAAGAAAGUUCUGGCAGUUGCUAUGUGGAUGUCCAGCGUUGUGCAGCUUGCGGCAUUGCUUCAGCGAAUGCCAUUUUCUCCGUGGAAGCAGUGCCCGAUAUGGUAACCUUGUACGAUGGACUCGAAUCCUGGUCAACAUGCCGAGCCCUGAGCUUUCGACUGCCUGGCAUGAACCACAUCCCUGGGGUGGAGGAACUGCUUGCCCAGAUGAUGACCAAAGGAGCUUUUCACAGCAGCUCACGGGACAAACGUGUUAUGCUGUUGAAGUCGGAUGGUGUUCUUUACCCAGCAGCCAUGGCGCUCCAGACACAUGGAUAUGUGCACUGUGCUUUCGAAAGUAACCUUGAAGCGGCAUUCCAUCUCACAGCACGUGCUAUGCAGCAAGUUGUCCCCAUGCAUGAGGUUUGUUUACCGAAGCCGGUUUUCCCCGUUGCUGAUACACUCUUGGCAUUGUCCCGGGAGCAGUUGAGGGAGUGCACUUCUUGGGAGCUGUCCGAGAUAUUGCGCAUCAAAGGUUGGCGCCUUCAGAAGUUGCCGCAAAAAAUGGCUAAGCGGUGUGCGUUGCCUCCCCACACGCCUCAAUCGCAGCAAGCAACAUGGACAUGGUAUUGUCUCUCCACAAGUCUACAAGAUGCCCGUGUCAGGUCCUACAUGUUGGCGUUGGUUUGUUCGGAGCAGCUGUUCGGGGGAUUGGUUUCGAAGAUCCAUCAUGGUCAACGCAAGACUUACUACGAGUCUUUGCUGGAUGACACAUCUGCUGCCACAGGUGACCUCCCGGAGCUGGCUCCCCCAGCCCAACAGGACAUGGUCUUAGAGCUUGAGGCAGAAGCCAACAUUCUGCAAUUGCAAAUUCAGGCUCAGACAGAAGCUGUGUCGAGGGAGCGCAAAGCACGAAUCAACUUGCCCAGGCAUCGUCCAGUUGAGGCGCCAGAUGAUGAUCCGGCUGCGGAAGAUUUUACCUCCGGCGAGGAGGGUACUAGCUUGGAAAUGCGCAGCCUAGCAGAGGAUGAUGAUCAGGACAGCGGCGGUGAUGAUGACAAUGAUCCGCCGGGGCCGGGCUCAGGCGGAGGCCGCAUGCGUAGCAGGUUUGUUGGACAUGACAAUGAAGAUGCAACGUCCGCCGCAAAUCCAGAUGAAGUUGCAACGGCAGGAGACAUGCCGUUAGGCGAUGGUGGCUCCACUCCUGUCUCCCAGCUCUCGUAUGAAUUUUCUCCUCUGCUUGCAGACGAUGCAGGUGAUGCAAGUGUUGAGCUUGCUUCGGUUGACAAGGCUGCGUUGCUGAGCUUGAUGGAUGAUUCUGAUGCUCCAAUGGCAGGGAACGAUUUUUUGUCUGACCCAGACCUGCAGGUGUCGCUAUAUGAUUUGGCUGUGGGCUCUGCAGAGGCCCAAGCCCAGCCAAUGGCAGUGCCGGCGCAGGAGGACCCGGCGAGUCUGCCUGAAGCAGUUGAGGAUUCGCAGCUGCAGCCUGUGCAGCCUCAGCCUGAGCAAGCUUCCACGACAUCUCCAGCUGAUUACAUCAGGGUGCGAAACCCAGAUUCGUUCAUGUGGGGCCCAGGAUUUCGCUUCACGUGGAGCCCCGCAAGCAAAAGACCACCAUAUGGGGCCUGGCAGUGCCUGUGCCGUUAUCAUAGGAAAAGUUCCGUGACGGCCUGCACGCGAUCAAUGGCCUUAACAGGCCCUAAUCCUGAUCAGAAGGACAAAGUUCGAAGACUCUUGAAGGCUUGGGCAGUGCAGGCGUGCCAGCACUCACGGAAGAGUACCCAUGGUCAUGUUCAGAUCAGCUCGGCAGAUGACAUACCGGAAGAGGUGCUAGAUGAGAAGAUGAAGCAGUUGCCACCCCCUCCUUAUAGUGUAGUGCCAGAUGAUGAGUUGGAUGAUGUGGGAAAUGAUGGGAAGGACGACGACGACGACGCUGAUGAGCCCCCGGCCAACAAGCGCCAGAGAGUUUCUGCUUCCGGCAAAUCAGCCAAAAGCAAAGCAGCUGCAGCUUCCAAGGCUGCAGCCCGCUCCAAGGCCAAAUCGAAAGCCAAGGCUAAAUCAAAGGCCAAAGCCAAAGCCAAAAGCUUGGUACCUGCACCUCCGGCUCUGGAGCUUCCAGAUGAGUUGUCCACUGACAAAUCCUGUCAGGAUAGCUCUGGCGGCAGCAGCAGCAGCAGCAGUGCUAGUAGUAGCAGAAGAAGUCGUAGCACUGGCAGCAGUAGCAGCAGCAGCAGCUGCGAUGACAGCGAUGACAGCGCUGAUUCCAGCUGA